UGGGAGGAUGAAUAGAGUGAUGCUAUAGAAUCACUUCCUACUUGAAAAAAAAAACGUAAAUUUUCUAAAGAGUACAACUAUUGACAUCUAAAUAUGAAUGAAACGACGAGUUGAUUUCGACCGACGAACUGAUGAAAAUUUUCUUAUAUAUUAUUGAGUCAAGAUUAUUAAUAGGGGAAUAGAAAAGAUCACUUUUUCUUUCUUGCAACUCUCUCAAUAUGCUGAACAAAACAAUGAAAAAGUGAAGGGAAAACUUCCAUCGAACAAUUCUCGUCAGAAAAGCCGCAGUUCGACUCUCUUCACUCUCGGCUUACAUUCGAUUGAUAGCAAAGACAUGUAUCGUGUUAUGUUGUUUUUGGCGUAAAUUUUUCUCUAUUUGAAUAUAUCAUUGUGUGUUAAAAUAUCGAUCGUUUCUUCUUAAAAAUAUUUCCUAAUUUAUCAAUAAAAUCAUAUCGAAAGUUCUCAACUUGAAUUCCGUUUUCACGAUAAAGUUGGCAACAUUCAGUUUAUUUUCUUUCUUUAAAAACAAUUUGAAGAGAAAUGACUGUUUAAAUCUAUGUUAUAAUGACAUCGCUUAGAAAGUAUUCAGAGUGAGAGAUGAGAUUUUAAUCUAAAGUCGAUAGUUAUUUUCAUCAUCUACAACUAUUUCUAACAGUUAUCUAUUCAGUAAAAGGUUGAAAGCGGAAUUUCCCGUUGUGAAUUGUGAUGAUGAGAUAUGACCUUGUUUUUGCUAUUAAACCUUCUUUAAAAGAUAAUGUCUUUCGACGAUAGUAAGAUGAAGUGAAAAUUUGAAUGUUCAUCAUCCAAUAGAAACUUGUAGUUUUUUCUUCGUUUGAACUACAAAAACAACAAGAUUACUGUUUAGACAUUGUUUCAUUUGAUCAUCGAGUAACACCUUUAGAUGAUCCAAAUUGUGUAUUUGUUUCAGCACCAUUACUACGCAAUGCAUACCUGAAUGCAAAUGCAAAAUGGGUACAGAAUGGUAUCACUGUCGCUGGAGGAAAAGGACACGGGAGUGAAACACAUCAGCUGAAAAAUCCAUGGGGAUUAUGUGUUGAUGAUGAUCAAACUGUCUAUAUUGCUGAUUUUUACAAUCAUCGUAUUGUGGAAUGGAAAUGUGGUGCGACGACUGGUCGAGUUGUGGCCGGUGGAAAUGGACAAGGAAAUCGUUCUGAUCAAUUGAACUGUCCGACAAAUGCAAUUAUUGAUAAGGAAAGAGAUAGUCUUAUCAUUUGUGAUCGUGGUAAUCAAAGAAUUGUUCGAUGGCCUCGUCAUAAUGGUACAAAUGGAGAAACAAUCAUCUCAAAUGUUGGAUGUUCGUGCUUGACAAUGGACGAUGAUGGAUUUAUCUAUAUUGCUGAUUGGGAUGAACAUGAAGUCAGACGAUAUCGAAUUGGAGAAAGUCAAGGAAUAGUAGUUGCAGGUAGAAAUGGACAAGGAAAUCGUCUCGAUCAAUUAAAUCAUCCAGUAAACGUAUUCGUCGAUCGGUAUCAUUCAGUUUAUGUAUCAGAUUACAGUAAUCAUCGUGUGAUGAAGUGGAUGAAAGGUGCAAAACAAGGCAUUGUUGUGGCUGGUUGUCAAGGUCAAAGAAAUAGUCUUACACAAUUAUCAAAUCCUGGUGGAGUUGUCGUGGAUCAAUCCGGUACUGUCUAUGUGGCUGAUGGUUGGAAUCAUCGAAUAAUGCGUUGGUCUCAAGGAACCACACAGGGCAGUGUCAUCAUUGGUGAGAAUGGUCGCGGCAGUCAAUCUAAUCAACUCUAUUAUCCCACUGGCUUAUCAUUUGAUCGAGAGGGCAAUCUCUAUGUGAGUGAUCAAGGAAAUCAUCGCGUACAAAAGUUCAACAUUGAUCGAAGUUAA